AUGGUCGCUGAUGCACUUAUUUAUCAUCCAACUUUAUCUAAAUUAGUUAGAUUUUGGGAUUCGACGCCUCAAAGAGAAAAAACUUUUAGAUUAUUAGCUUAUUUAUCGAGAUUUUUAUCAUUUUAUACUUAUAAAAAAGGUUAUAAUGCUGAUAUUGUAAAUAUGUUUAAAAGUUUAAAAAAUCAAUUUAGUUUUAUUAGAAAAGGUAUGAGAUUCUUUAAACCUGUUAAUCAUUUGCAAACUGUUGCUAAAACUUUUGAUAAUAAAUUAAUGGAUCCAAUUUUGCAAAUAACUACAGUUGUUAGAAAUUUAGGUUAUGCUGGUUAUUUAACACUUGAUGGAAUUAUAUUUUUUAAAAUGUUGGGUGUAAUUGAUAGUAAAAAAUGGCCAAAUUUAGCUACAUAUGCAAGUAGAUUUUGGUUAAUUGGUUUAGUUGCAGGUAUUAUAAAUUCUUUAAGAAUUAUUUAUUCAUUAAAUAAUUAUGAAUCUUCAGUUAAAGAUGAAAAAGAACAAGUUGAUUAUAAACAAAUUCAAAAUAAAUUAUAUUCUGCGAAGAGAAAAUUAAUUUGGGAUGCUUUGGAUGCUUUUAUUGCUUUAAAUACUUUGGAUAUUUUACAUUUCACCGAAGGUGAUAUUGGUUUAGCUGGUGUUUUAACUUCACUUAUGGGUUUAGAAGAUAUGUGGAAAGCACAACCAUAA